UCCUAGAGUCAGAUAACCUGCUCAGUCAGUUGUAGCCCCCUGUGGACAGCUGUCUCUCCCGACUGAUGGAAAACUGUCACUAUUUGCUGAAUAGAGGAGAGAGAGGAGCAACGUCAACAGCAGCCGAAGCAGGGGCUGGCAGCAGUGAAGGCUAAAGGCUCUAUUGUUCCCUUGUGUUAGGCAGUUUUAUUCUUUUCUACUGACAACCAACAAUAUAAAGCUGAGGGUGGUGACUCCUUCCGACACCAUUCAUGAAGGAAUACUAACACCCUUAAAGACAAACACUUUUCAUCCAAGGCUUUUGCCCUUUAUCCUGUGGAUUAAAUCAUCCUGCUUAAGGUAUGGGUUUAAGAAGAAGGGCUACAAUGCUCAGUGGUCCAUGGGAGACUGCUUUCUUAGCCCCUUGUUUGUGGAUGCUUGUGCUCCUGUUGUUAGGAAUCUGGGACGCUGAGGCUCAGAAUGAAGAAGACACCAAAUCAGUGUAUGUCUGGAAAACAGGUCCUUGGGGAAGGUGCAUGGGAAAUGAAUGUGGACCAGGUGGCAGUCAAAGCAGAGCUGUAUGGUGCGCUCACAUUGAGGGGUGGACUACAUUACACUCAAACUGUCUUAAGAACGAAAAGCAGCCUGAUAACCAGCAGAGUUGUUUUCGGGUUUGUGACUGGCACAAGGAGUUAUAUGACUGGCAGUUAGGGGAAUGGAAUCAGUGCCAAGCUGUGGCUUUAAGAAACUCUGGAAAUUAUAAAUCCUUAGAAUGCAUUAAGGGGGAAGAAGGAAUUCAAACCAGAGAGGUGUCAUGUGUUCAGAAAGCUAAUGGCACACCAGCUGAGGAUGUGAUUUGUGAAUAUUUUGAACCAAAACCCCGCCUUGAACAAGCAUGCCUCAUCCCUUGCCCACAGGAUUGUGUCGUUUCAGAGUUUUCUUCAUGGUCCCCAUGCUCCAAGACUUGUGGUGUUGGGUUGCAACAUCGUUUUCGGAGUGUUUUAGCCCCACCGCUUUUUGGAGGAUCUAGUUGUCCGAACCUUACAGAAUUCCAGCCUUGCCAGUUUAGUGCCUGCGAAUCAGAGGAAAGUAUGUACAGCUUGAAAGUGGGGCCCUGGAGCACUUGUGCUAUGCCUCACUCCAGACAAGCCCGUCAAGCUGGGAAGCGGCGGAAGAACAAAGGCAGGGAGAAAGCAGUGAAGGAUCCUGAGACAAGAGAGCUGAUAAAAAAAAAGAGAAACCGCAAUCGACAAAACAGACAAGAGAGCAAAUUCUGGGACCUGCAGAUUGGAUAUCAAACACGACAGGUCACGUGUAUCCAUAAAAAUGGCAAAUCUACUGCACUGAACCUUUGUACCCAAGAUAAACUUCCUGUAUCCUUCCAGUCUUGUGUCCUGACAAAGGACUGUGAGGUAACCGAGUGGUCCGAAUGGGGCCCAUGUUCAAAGGAUUGCUAUGAUAUGACCUCACCUAAAGGAUGGCGCACCAGAAACCGAACAGUAAAGCAGUUUCCUGUGGGAGGAGGAGCUGAAUGUCCAGAACUUGAGGAUAGAGAGCCAUGUGCCCCUCAGGGCGAUGGCAUACCACCAUGUGCUUCAUAUUCAUGGAGAGCAACAGAAUGGAGUGAAUGUCGUGUCGACUCUUUAUUGAGUCAACAGGAUCGCCGACGAGGAAAUCAGACAGGUCUUUGUGGAGGGGGAGUUCAGAGCAGAGAAGUGUACUGUGUGCAAUCCAAUGAAGAUCUUCUUUCCUACCUAAAUACACUCAAAGAAAAGGAAGAAAGUCAGUCUCAGAGCAAGCUGAAGCCUAGUGUUGCACCCCUUCUAUCAAUCACAUUUGAAAUAACAGCUUCAAAGCCUGUGGAUACUCGGUUAUGUACAGGGCUUAUACCAAACACCACUCAGCUGUGUCAUAUUCCAUGUCCAGUUGAAUGUGAAGUGUCAGCUUGGACAGCCUGGGGCCCAUGCACUUACGAAAACUGUGAAGACCAAGCUGGGAAAAAAGGCUUUAAACUAAGAAAAAGACGAAUUAUCAAUGAGCCAACAGGAGGAGCUGGAAGUUGUCCUCACCUUACUGAAGCAAUACCAUGUGAUGACCCAACCUGCUAUGAUUGGCAGUUGGCUAAAUUAGAAGAGUGUAUACCUGACAAUGAAAAAGUAUGUGGACCCGGAACUCAGACACCAGAAGUGAAAUGUGUCAACAGUGAUGGAGAAGACGCAGACAGACAGCUGUGUAGAGAUGCUAUCUAUCCCAUUCCUAUUGUGUGUGAGGUCCCCUGCCCCAAGGAUUGUGUUCUCAGCGCAUGGUCAAAAUGGUCUUCGUGUUCACACACCUGCUCAGGGAAAACAACUGAAGGGAAGCAGACACGUGUACGCUCGAUCUUGGCAUAUUCUGGUGAAGGAGCGGUUCAGUGCCCAAACAGCAGCGCUCUGCAGGAAGUACGCAACUGUAAUGAGCAUCCUUGCACAGUUUAUCACUGGCAGACUGGCUCCUGGGGACAGUGCAUUGAGGAUUCAUCAGUGUCAACUCUAAAUUCUACCACCAGCUGGAGUGGAGCUGCAUCCUGCGCAGUAGGAAUGCAGACAAGGAAGGUCAUCUGUGUGAGAGUCAACGUGGGGCAGGUGCCACCAAAAAAGUGUCCAGAAAGCCUCCGACCAGAGACAGUGAGACCAUGCUUAUUACCAUGCAAAAAAGACUGCAUUGUAACACCUUACAGUGAUUGGACACCAUGCCCAUUGUCAUGUCAGGAAGGACCUAGUCCAAUAAAGAAACAGUCACGCCAUCGAGUUAUUAUUCAGCUUCCAGCAAAUGGCGGUCAAGACUGCCCAGAUGUGCUGUAUGAAGAAAGGGAAUGUGAGGCAUUGCCUGUGUGUCUUGGCUACAGAUGGAAGACUCAUAAAUGGCGUCGCUGCCAAUUAGUACCUUGGUAUGUACGCCAAGAGAGUCCAGGAGCUCAUGAGACCUGUGGACCUGGUCUACAGACAAGAGCAAUAUCCUGUCGUAGACAAGAUGGAGGUCAGGCUGACAUUGGUGACUGUCUCAAGUAUGCUGGAUCAAUGCCUCCUAUAACUCAAACAUGUCAGCUACCUUGCCAAGAUGACUGUCAGCUAACAAGCUGGUCAAAGUUUUCACCAUGUAGUGCAGAUUGUGUUGGAGUAAGAACAAGAAAAAGAACACUUGUAGGGUACAUUGAAGAAGCAUGCAUCAUCCCGUGCCCAUCAGACUGCAAACUUAGUGAAUGGUCUAACUGGUCCCGCUGCAGUAAAUCUUGUGGAAGCGGUGUGAAGGUGAGAUCAAAGUGGCUACGUGAAAAACCUUAUAAUGGAGGAAGACCUUGCCCAAAACUGGACCAUGUCAAUCAGGCUCAGGUCUAUGAGGUGGUACCAUGCAUGAGUGACUGCAAUCAGUACAUUUGGGUGGCUGAGGCAUGGAGCGUCUGGAAAGUUAGUAAUGUUGACCUAAAAGAAAACUGUGGAGUGGGAGUGCAGACAAGAAAAGUGAGGUGUAUGCAGAAUACCAUUGAUGGGCCCUCAGACCCAGUAGAAGACUACCUUUGUGAUCCUGAAGAAAUGCCACUUGGAGCGAGAGAGAACAAGCUUCCUUGUCCUGAGGACUGUGUGUUGUCUGACUGGGGCCCAUGGAACAGAUGUCCUUUGCCAUGCAAUGGAAACCGCACACAUGAGCGAUCCGCAUAUUCUAUACGGGAGCCAGGUGAAGGAAGAGCAUGCCCUAGUUCAACAGAAACUGAACCUUGCAUUCUCAACAAGAACUGCUACCAUUACACAUACAAUGUGACAGAUUGGAGUACUUGUCAGCUGAGUGAGAAAGCCGUGUGUGGCAGUGGCAUUAAGACAAGGAUGCUGGACUGUGUGAGGAGCGAUGGCAAGUCUGUUGAUCUUAAGUACUGUGAAGAGCUUGGUUUGGAGAAGAAUUUGCAAAUGAAUAUGUCCUGUGUCGUGGAGUGUCCAGUCAACUGUCAGCUCUCAGACUGGUCUGCAUGGUCAAAAUGUUCUCAGACCUGCGGUCUAAUAGGAAAAAUGUGGCGAAAAAGAAGUGUGAUUCAGCCUUCCCAGGGGGAUGGCAGGCCAUGUCCUUCACAGAUGGAGCAGUGGAAACCAUGUCCUGUCAAACCCUGCUACAGAUGGCAGUAUAGUCAGUGGUCUGAAUGCAAAGUUGAGGAUGCUCAGUGUGGAGAAGGUGUUCGUUUUCGUAAUGUCUCUUGUUUUGUAUUUGAUGGAUCCAAAGAAGAUAAGGGAAGCCUAGUAGAUGAUGAUUUGUGUGGAGAUUUGGAGCCUACUGUUGUUGGAGACACUCAAAUGACACUGGAAGAGAUAUGUACUCUUCCUUGUCCAGGUGACUGUUACCUCACUGAAUGGACUUCAUGGAGCCCUUGCCAGUCAGUUUGUGUAAAUGGAGAUAAGCUUGAUUAUGAUGCUAUACAAGUGAGGUCCAGGGCAAUAAUCGCUCAAGAGCAGGAGAACCAGCAACAGUGUCCUGAGCAAAUGUGGGAAUCUCGACCAUGCAAUGAUGGGGAUUGCUAUGAAUAUAAAUGGAUGACAGGUGCCUGGAGAAGUUCCUCUCGUUCUGUAUGGUGCCAGCGCUCAGAUGGACUAAAUGUAACAGGUGGUUGCCCCUUAACAACAAGACCUGUGUCUGAUAGAUCCUGUGAUCCACCCUGCAACAAACCACAGUCCUACUGCACCGAGGCUGGGGUGUGUGGUUGUGAAGAAGGUUACACAGAAGUGAUGACAUCCGAUGGCAUGCUUGAUCAGUGUACUUUGAUUCCAGUCUUGGAAAUACCUACAGUUGGAGACAAAAAGGCUGAUGUGAAGACAAGUCGGGCAAUCAAUCCCACCCAGCCAUCCACUACUCAGUCGGGUCGAGGAGGCAGAGCUUGGUUUUUACAACCAUUUGGGCCUGAUGGCAAGCUGAAGACAUGGGUUUAUGGAGUAGCUGCUGGAGCAUUUGUUCUGCUCAUCUUUGUCGUCUCAAUGAUUUAUCUAGCUUGCAAAAAGCCAAAGAAACCACAGAGAAGACAAAACAAUAGGCUUAAACCAUUGACCUUGGCCUAUGAUGGAGAUGCUGACAUGUAGGAAUCUUCUGAAAAAAUCCCUUUGGAAUGGAAAUCCAGUCUGUACACAAUACUGCUGUAUAAAGAAAUGGCCUGUUUUCACUGGGGUUGAAAAAUUGUGUUGAAUUUACAGAAAAUAUUUGGGAAGAAUGAAAAUACAUUCAAAACAAGAACAUGGAAUGUCAAGUCAUGGAAGCAAAUGCUCCAAAGAACAUUUCCACAAAUGCACAUUUUGACUAAUCCAAGGUCAAUUCUAGACUAUUCUAAUUAACAGUAAAGAUGAACAUUAAUGAUUCCAUUUUGCGACACAAGAGCCUUUGCAAAUUUUACAGACCGAAUGGAAAUCUGCCUUUGCUUUAAAACUGUUUCUUUUCUCGCUAUUCUGUUUUCUUCUUAAAGGAACUGCAACAGGGCAAAAGACAUACUGCAACUGGGCAGUAUUCGGAAAGCACAAAGAAUACCUCCGUACCUUUAAAACAUUGCCAACUUUAAACCUACGGAGAAUCUCCUUUGUGCAAAAAGAUUUCAGGACCCCUUAGGAAAGAAAAGUUGCCAAAAUUUACUAUAUACUGUAGAAGAAAAAAUCCACCUUGGAGGACUGAACUUGUUACUCUGCAGUUUCCAUACAUUUUCACAUCUGUUACCUUAAAAGAAAGGAAGGCGACUCUUAAAACAAGAUGUUUUACUUCCAGGCUUUGGAAUAUGUUUAUCAUCUUUAUUUAUACUGCACCAUGCAUUUUGACUGUCUUAACCCUGCCGGACUCCUGCCUGCAUCCUUUUAUUACAUUUCAGGCACAUUUUUGCACUAUAUUAGUGCAGCAUGAUAUGCACUUAUAUCUAGUAUUGCCAUAGAAAACUGCCUCUUUCAAUGCAGGAUGAUGUAGCGUCUUGUGCUAGAAAAUGUAAAAUAGACUUUACCCAGAAGAAACAAGCCAAUAUUUAUCUAUGAUUCAACAAGUAGCGAUCAGAUCUUUUAGGUGACUGGAUACAGAUCAGUGGAUAUAUGUAUAUACUGUAAUUUCUCUUGUCACAACAGCAAUUUUGUAAAUCAAUAACCUUUGUGGACUGUACAGUUGCAGUAUUAUAAUUGUCUAGAUUUUGCCCAAUUGAAUUUAUAGCUAUUUCAUGAUUUCUUACACUGUCAUAAUGAAAACUGUUUACAGUUUGUUGCUUUAUAUUUCUUUUCUAUGCCAUUGAAGGUUUGAAUGAUCUAAUGGUCCUUAAUGUGACAGACUCGUUAUUCUGCAGACUUAUCAUGCUAAAGUAAUACAACAUAAAAGAAAUAAAUACUGUGUAAUUACAACAGCAAAAAGUAAUAAUAUUUACUGUUCUUAGUUUAUAUUCAUUUAGGCUUCUGCCUUAUGUAGCAUUUUAUCCUUUCCAUAGAUGAAAGAAAAUAAUUUAACCAAAUGCCUUGUUAAAGCUUCUGAAAUGCUGAAUUCAAAAUGACUACACAUUUUAAAUUUAUUUUUAAUAAGAGUGAAUCAUACAUACAUUUUUAGCCUUUUUCUCUAUAUAAACAUGAUCAAAAAUAUUUUCCAGUUUACCAACAAAAUUGCUAAGAUAAAUUUAGAGUGUGGUUCAAAUGUGAGCGGUAUACAAGGUACAAUUUCGAUUAAUGUCACAUCUGUGGAAGAAAACUAUAACCUUUUAUUAAGUUGAGAUAAACAUAAGCUAUGAUGUGUCCAAUGCAAAUAAUCAAAAAUUCUGGAAAUCAAUUGAAAGAAAGUAAUAUUAUUCUGCACAGAAAAAAGACUAUCAACCUGCAAUCUCCCCAUCAAAUCGAACCUUUCUUUUUACAGUAUGUUGACAGUUUGAAAGCAGAUUCAUAUUAGAGAAAUGAAAGAUUUACAUUGAGGCACAAUAAUCAAAAGGUAUAUGCUCUUCCAUUUCAAGUUAACAACAUUUUAUAAAAGUUGGCACAUUUUUUUUUUUAGAAGAGCUGCAAAAAUCUAACAAAAUAUUACCAGGCCUUGAGCUAGGUGUAACUGUUGUUGUAAGAAUCUACAAAAUUGUUAUAACAUAGCAUAACAAAAUAUUCUGAAAUCCAGCAACGCAAAAUGAGGAUCAUAUGGGGUGGAUCGAAAAGAAAUAGCCCUGGACAGGGCACAUACACACAAAUACUCACAUGCACUCUCACACAAAGUCAAAUUGCAAUCGUCAAUUAACAUAACAUGCAUCUUUGAGGAUAUGGAAGGAAACCUAGAGUACCUGGAGAAAAUCCGUACGAAAAGCCGAAAACAAUACAGCAUAGGAUUCAAACUAGAACAGUGGAUCUGUGAGCCUUAAGAGGUCACCUCUGUGCCCACACAUACUAUGUACUACUUAUUUAUCUUGAUUUAUGCGGGGAGAAAAAAAACUUAUAUGUAAGUAAGUAUUAGGUUAGGUGCAAAAGUAGAAGAACCAAACUUCCAUUUUCAGGCCACCUGACCUAUAGCACUAGUUCUCAGAGUCUACCCUCCAGAACAUGUGUUUUCUGAUUAGAAUUCUUUCACGUUUCCUAACCUUGACUUUAAUUUGAUUCAUGGUUUAAUUAACCAGGUGAUGGCUCCUAUAUUUCUGCAGAUUUAAACAUAUAUCAAUAUAUUAUAAUUACAGUAAGUGUGUACUAUUGUCAUUUUUAUUGAUUUGCUUUUUCAUUUUAAUGCACUUUGUUGUACAUGUUAUUCUCUUAAGUUAUUUUAAUUAUUUAAAAUAUGUUCAUUUUAAGACUAACAACUUUUUGGUGUGGUGUUCAGACCAGGCUUCGCUUUCCAUAGUAACAGUCACUGGGAUGUUCUUCUUCUGGAUCAUCCUGAUGGUCUACGUCCUGUGGGUUGUGACCAGCACACCUACCUCCUCAAAAAGAGCACAUUAUUUGGUUCCACUCAUGUUUUGGGUUCCUUCUAGACUGAUAAGCUACUGUCAACAUUAUAAAUUUAGAUAUACCGUAGAUGCAAAUUGCUGUAUUUCCUGAAGGAUUCUGUGCCAACAAAGGCUGCUUUAGGAUGAAUAUAUAUGUAUAUACUGAAAAUAACAAGACAGCAAACUCUUAACUGAAGAAUUAAGCAGAGGAAAUUGAUAGUUUGUAUGAAACAUAAAUCUUUGUUCAAUUCUUAAAAGUGUGUUAAGUUUAUAUAAUGGGUCAAAUGAGUAUCCAACCAAUCCAGAAGCAAAGAAAUAACAUAUUUAAUUAAGAUAGGAGUUCAGGUACAUGCAGCAACUGACCUUAUAAAAUAACUGAUUGGAACAAGGAACAACUUCAACAUUCUGAAAAUAGUCAAGUGUUCUUUUGCAGUUUGGAAAUAGUCUUAAUUAGGUCAACAGUACAGUAAAUUCCCAUUUCUGAUGCUACUCUUUCAACUCCGUUUAAUAAGCUGCAAUAUUUCUGAAGGUAAUCAAGAUUGACCAUUUUGUUACAGUAGGUAAGGUGGCAGCUGUACAAAGAAUGUUUACUUUUUUAUUUGUAAAUAACCUGUGUAUUGUAUUUUUAUUUUAUAAAUUAUGUAUAUUUCUUUUGUAAUGCACAAAAUGUUUAGUAUAAACCUCAGAAAGUGUGUGUAUACUGUUGCUCAGCUUUGGUCAGUUCAUACAGAUGACAUGAAAAGACGAACGAUCCAGGUUUAAUGUUAUUUGUAUGUAACUGAUAAAGUGCUGAUAAUAAACUAAGAAAAUAUCAUA